GGUGCAGUGCAGGCACGAGGAGCUGGCGGCUCUCUGGCGCGUGUGUGGAUGUGAGACGCGCCGCGGGGUGGUGGCGCCAUGGCGCACUUCGGGUUGACCAUCGUGCGGCACGGGGAAACAAGAUACAACAAAGACAAGAUACUGCAAGGUCAAGGAGUGGAUGAGCCCCUCUCUGAUACUGGUUUCAGACAAGCAGAUGCUGCUGGUGUAUUUCUCAGUAAUGUGAAGUUUACUCAUGUCUUUUCAAGUGAUCUCCUUCGAGCAAAGCAGACUGCUGCCACAAUUAUAGGAAAAAAUAAGUUUUGCAAAGACUUGAAAAUCGAGUAUGAUGCAAGACUUCGAGAGAGAAAGUAUGGUGUUGCAGAAGGAAGGCCUUUGACUGACCUAAAGGCGAUGGCAAAGGCUGCUGGAGAACAGUGUCCUUCAUUCACACCUUCUGGAGGAGAAACACUGGAUGAAGUGAGAGAACGUGCAAGGGAUUUCUUUGAAUUUCUAUGUCAGCUGGCUGUUGAAGCAGGACAGAAAGAACAAGAGAUGCAUAGUGCAGCAAGCAGCAGCUUAAGAACAUCUGGAGUACAGUCGAUUUUCCCUUGGACGAACCAUUGCAGUGAACCGGAACUUAGUUCUGAUAGUGGUGACGCUUCUAAACUACUAGACGCUAAUAUAUUAGUGGUGAGUCAUGGGGCAUACAUGAGAAACUGGAUUGGCUAUUUUGUUUCAGAUCUCAAGUGUACUUUGCCAACAACUUUAACAAAAUCUCAGUUGUCUUCUGUGAGUCCCAAUACGGGAGUUAGUCACUUCAUUGUAAAAUUUGAUAAUGAAAAUAUAUUAAGGCCUGAAGUCAACUGCGUUUGUCUUAAUCAAGACUCUCAUUUAGUGGAUGUGAGUGCUGAAUGUGUAGCUCCAAAAAUGUUUUAAGAGUCUUUAGAGGGGAAAUGAUUUUUAGAUCAUCAUCAUGCAAGCUCAGGAAAAGUUGGUAAUUAAGGGGAUUGACUGGAGUUAUUGGCAUUACACUGCAAAAUUGGAGUACUGCCACUAUUUAUCACCUUAAAAUAACAUAUGAUUUACAAGAUCCUAGUACCCACUAUAAGUUGAUACUGGAGAAAUAACACAAAUAUUCUUUAUGAACAGAAACAUAAUAUUUCUGUUCAGUCAGUUAUAUACAUAUUUCUGCAGUACAUAGUUAUAAAAAGUUCUUACCAUUAGCCCAUAAUUCUUUUGGUUAUCUCCAGUUAUAAGAGUUGAGGAGUGGGGGAGAAUGGUACUUGAAAAUGAGGCUGUUCAUCAUAUUCUUGUUUCAUUACAGAGUACUAUACUGUAAUAAUAAACAUACAGGCUGUUUUACAACAACUUGUUUGAGUGCAACAGUAUAACUUGAAAAAGCAUUGUCUAGUGGGAAAAGUUUGGUACAGGGAGAGGGGACAUGUUCCUGGCUCUGGUACUAAAGAACUGUGAGAUUCUGGGAAAAUUACUUUUCCGCUUGUAAAAUGGGGAUGAUAGUAUAUACCUACCUCACAGGAGUGUUUUGUAAGAAAUUCUGUAAGUAUUGAAAUCUCUGCUAAAAAGCACUGUACAAACAUAAGUACUUAUUUUUAAGCAGGAUGAGGAACCUAAUGCAGACAUAGCUGAAAAGUAAUCUUACCAGUAUGGUAGAUUGUAUGCACCUAGAAUCCUGUUGUUAACUGUAACCAUAUAUUUAUGGGAGAGUAUAAUCUGAGGAUAUAGGCAAGUUUGAUUGCUUGAUGAUUGUUUUCUGUUAUCGUCACUACUGUUUUUUUCUCCACUGAGGUGUUUGUAGUGUUACAGUGUAUGCUUAUCUGUUAUCUGUAAUCUCCAAAUACAUUUUCUUCAUUUACAUGU